UGGCAGCAGUAUCAGCAACAGUAUCAGCAGCAUUAUCAGCAGCAGAUGAUGCAAGCGCAGGGCUCGCCGCAGAUGGUACCGCCGCAAAGACAGGGCUCACCGUUGCAGAGACAGGGAUCGCCGGGGCUGGGACAGGUGCAGGGGAAUCUGAGAAAAGAGAUGAUUGCUGGCGAGCAGCAGAAUGGCGGUGGGAUCCCGGCGUCGCUCAGCAGGAAUGGAAGCGCGCAUAAUUCGCCGUUGCGGGCGACAAUACAUUCGUUGGAUGGUGGUGAGCAGAUGAGGGAGGAGGGGAGGGGGAGCUUGCCGUCGAUGCCGCCUGCUGCUGUGAUGUUUGACGAUGCGAGGGCGGGGACGCCGCCGAUGGUGGGCGUGCCGUCGCCGGAGGAGGCGAAUGUGCAUGCGCACAAGCCGUCGCGCGCAUAUGGUGGUCCUCCGCUGUCUCCGUCUGCGUAUGCGUAUGGGCCCGCGUUGACGCACCCUGUUCCCUCGCAUGCUUCACCCCGUACAGCACACCCGGUUCCGUCGCCUCCGCAGAGCCAAGAAGGCCCGCCGAUAUCACCGUCGUCUCAUGCACAUUCGAGCUCGGGACAUGGUAGCAAUCAUAAUGCCAACGCAGGGAAGGCUGCGCACGGGCGUACGCGCUCGGGGUCGUCGAUCUCGCCUGCUCGCCCUGGGUUCGCGCAACAGCAGCAGCUGCCGACGCCGACGCCGUCGAGCAGCGCGUCGAAUGUGAGCAUGAGCAUGAGCGUGCCCGUGCGUGCGGGGAGCCUCAGCGGGAUGAGUGGGUUGAGUGGGCUGAGCGGGAGCAUGGACAAGCCGCUGCCGGAGGGCCCGCGGCAGAGGAAGAAGUAUUCGCUGCUGUCGGCGUUUGGGGUGCCGCUGGACAAGGAGAGGAUGAGAAGGGAGGGAAAGGCGAGCAUGAAGUCGGACAAGAGUGCGAUGGAGGUUGUUCAGGUGCAGGUGGGUGUUUAGCUCCUCUCUCAAUGACUCUCUUGCUUGAAAGACCCUUUUUCCCCUUUGCUUUCUUCCAUUCCUGUUUGCCUUUGCCUUUGCCUUUGCUCUCUGCCUCUACCGGUGUUCGUGCUCGUCUCGGGCUCGGGCUGCCGCGGAUGGGGUUCUUGGUCACGCUCGUCGGUGGCUUCGCGAUCACGCUCGUCGUGGUCAUUUCCGUGCUGGUUCGA